AUGCCCAACCGCGUUGACCGCGUCGUCUUCGUCGAUACCUCCAUGUCGAUGAUGCAGCUCCGCAAUGCCUACGCUCAGUGUGGCAGCAUACUCUCCAUUUCGCCAUGGGGAGCCCGCGCUGACCGCAUACAUCUCACUUGUUUCGUCGAGUUCGCGGAGGAAAGCGCCGUGAAGCGUGCCCGUGCAAUCCAGCUGCCCGACACAAAGUUGCACAUCGUCUCGUUCUCUCCUCAGCUCAUCGCCCACUUUCUCUCAAUUGCCGAACCAGUGCCACCGCUCCCGUCGUUUCUCCCCUCGCCCUCGCCGUCCAUCAAUAAUCUGCGUCUCCCUGGGGUGAAGCAGGAGCCGCGCGACAGCCCUCGCCCAUUGAAGCGUCUGACCGAGGACGGUGACAUUGCGUCGUCGACAGAGUCCACUCCAAGAAAGAAACUGCGCCGGAGUGAGAAGAGCGCGGGGACUAGACCGUCAACUUCCCGAUUGCACGACCGUGAUGGUCCCCCGCAAAGCGUCCGCACCGCUGACCCUCGCACUCCCAGAGCAACAGUGAAGUCGCCUCUGGCUUCGCAGCCUUCGUCUAGUCGGCAAUCGAGCGGUAAGGAGAAUGAUGCACGGCCUCGGGCGCCCCAGACGCACACUGCGUCCCCAAAGCGCAUGCUGCCUUUGCCCCGGCGGGGAGACACUGUCGACCCGACUGCGGGUGCGACGCCGACCCCUCGCAGAGACGCUCAUGCAGGAGCACAGAGUCUCACCAAACCUGUGCACGAUUCCUUGGAGCAUCCAGCAUUUGUGGCCGAAGUCGAGGGCACGACAAAGGAUACUCCGAAUGCCAGCGGAGUUGGAGCAGGCCAGCUUGCCCAAGCGGCACUAAGCCUUACUAGUGCAGGCGUCACGUCGCAUAUGGUCACCUUAAACUACAAUGGCAUGCCAGUGACUUGCGACCUCCGCAAGCUGGAGGAAGACCCGAAGAAGAUCAUCGCCGUCCUCAAAGCUACUGCUAGCAGCUCUCCGGAACGCGACAAGUGGAUGGUUGUUGCGGCGCAAUACCGUGUCAGGGGACACUUCAUGGCUGCCAUUCACGUUCUCGACGCGAUGGUCGAAGUGAUGACCGGCAACCCGGUUUCGCUCGCAAAGGCCGAUCUCAAACCGACGUUCCUCAUGUUGUCGAGCUGCCAUCGCGACAUCGUGGCUCAGGGCGAUUCUAAGGAUGCUGCGUUUCAUGUGUAUGGCGUGGACGUCCCGAGGGCCCAGGUGACGUCCGAGUUUGCGGAGGCGAGGGCACGCUCGUGCAUGGACAUUCCUGGUCUUGUUGCAUCUGGCCAAGAUGAUGGGACUGCUCACGUACGUGAAUAUCUUGCCGACGCCGGAAACUUGCCAGCAGCGCCAUCUGCACAGGAGCAAUCUCCGAGCAAGAAGAGAACGCGACAAGAUCCUCCGACACCCAAAGGGCCCGACAACAAUGUCAGCGAAAAGCACAACAGCACCUCAAAAGACGCCGCACAUCACGAUACCGGUGUCAGUGCCCCGCGCACCGAACCAGAGAGGGACCGCGAGCGAUCAACUUCCCACUCGUCGGCCUCGGCCUCGCGCUCGUACUCCGAACGCGACAAGCACGGGCAGGUCCAGCUCCUCGAGCGCGAGAUCAAAGCGCUCCGGAACCGCGCCGCCGAGGCCGACUCGACUCUCCUCAACGUCCGCACGGCGAAGCGCAAGCUCGAGGAGGACCUGGUAAUUUCGCACGCCGCGCGCCGGCGGGCAGAACGCGAUAUCGAAGCGGUCACCUCGGAGCUUGCGCGGGUGCGGGAGGAGCUCGGACGGGCGCGCGAAGAGCACGCGCGGACGCGGGAGGACGUCGUGCGGCUGAAGGACGAGCUGAGCAGGGCGAGGAGGGGCGAGGAGAGCGCGCUGGAGCAGGCGGCGGCGGAGGUGGAGAGCCGGCGGGCGGCGGGGAGGCGCGUGGAGGAGAUGGGGGCGGAGAUGGGGAGGUUGAGGGACGAGUUGAGGAGGGCCGACGCGGAGGUGGAAGUGAGGCGCGAGACGGAGGUGCUAGUGAUGGACGCGUUUGCGAAGCUGGAGGAAGCACUGGCGCGGCCGGCCCCGACGAGGACGCUCAGGCUUACGCAGGGGUCGGACGGCGACGCAGGGGUGCCGUCGGGGAGGAGGGGUGAGUGGCCUGCGACUCCGGUCUCUGAGAGAGGUAUCAUGGAGGACGUUGGGAGGAGCAGGAGCGUGUCGGCGUCUGGACGGAGUGGCUGGGGACCGAUGGCCGGGAUCAAGAACGAGCGUCGGUGA